CCAGUGUUUCAAUAGUUUUGGGUCAAUAACAACUUUAUACGUUAUGUUCUAUGUUCAAGAAUGCGUUCAUAAUUUUAGAUGAGUUGUAUAAAAUAUUUUUUUCCAACUGGAAUUGUUGACGUAUUGGUAUAAUUAUAUUCAUUAUUAUAGUAAUGUAGAAAUGCAUUCGUAGAGGUUUUAAAUAACUCUUCAAAACAUUACCUAUUGCACUUUGUCGGCUUGUUAUAAAUUAAUAAAAUAAAUUUUAGGUAAAUAAAUAAAUCAUCCUAGCGAUAUAAAAGUACUUAUUUUUAUUGUUUUCAUUGAUGGUAUCUGGUAUCGAUUGAUUGAUAAUAUUGGAAAUGUUUUUAAGCAAACAAGAUAAUGGAAGUAUGAAGCACCCAUUAGCCACAUAUUUACUUUUCCUCGCGCUAUUCAAAAAUAUCAGUGCUGUAAAUGGAGUAUGGCGCUGGGAAUGCAAAAACAACUACUGCCAGAAGGCCCCCAUCACUCCCGAUACAGAAGCUACAGGCCUAAGUCUCCCGGCAUGUCGUCUGUUUUGCUCCGAAGCGGCAGCCCUUUGGCCCAAACCGACCGGUGAAGUCCACGUAGGGACCACUCUUGUCAAAGUCAAUAUCAACAGUAUAAGCUCUGAGGGGCUAAAUUUUGAAGCACCAGCGCAUAAAAUCGCCUCGGGAGCGUUGGACCGGUUCAGAAACCAAAUCGAUGCGUUGUUGCCUCAAAAACUGAGACUCGCAUAUGGGGGGAAAACCCUAGAAAUUAAUUACAAGUUAACCAAUCCUGAUGUUAAAGAACUCAAACUGGAUACGAAAGAAGGCUACGCUUUAACGGUUACUGAGACGGCCGAUGGGCGCCUAAAUGCAACGAUUAUCGCUGAUAAUGUCUUCGGAGGCCGAAACGGGUUGGAAACCCUAAAUCAACUAAUCAUUUACGAUGAUCUCAGAGAGCAAGUUUUGAUGCCCAACGAGGUGAGUAUUACUGACGAGCCAGCAUAUCCGUACAGAGGGAUAGCCUUGGAUACCUCCCGGAAUUUCGUCACUGUCGAUGUUAUAAAGAGAACGCUAGAUGGAAUGGCCGCUUCAAAAUUGAACAGUUUCCACUGGCAUAUCACAGAUAGUCAUAGUUUUCCCUUUGUGUCAGAGAGUUUGCCAGAUUUGGCCAAAUACGGAGCAUAUUCGCCCAAAAAGGUUUACUCUCCGGAAGAAGUGGCUGAAAUUGUGGAAUAUGGUCUAGAGAGAGGUGUCAGGGUUAUUCCGGAAUUUGACGCCCCAGCUCAUGUCGGUGAAGGGUGGCAGAACACGGAUUUCGUGGUAUGUUUUAAUGCCAAGCCGUGGAAGGACUUCUGCGUGGAGCCACCCUGUGGCCAGUUUGACCCCACGAAAGAAAAGCUGUACGAUGCUGUUGAAGGCAUUUAUGGAGACAUGUUAAAGCAAUUCCAACCCCCUGUGUUCCAUAUGGGUGGCGACGAAGUCCAUUUCGGUUGUUGGAACUCCACUCCCCACAUCGUCAAAUGGAUGCAAGAACAAAAGGGUUGGGGCCGGUCCGAGGAAGAUUUCGUCAAGCUUUGGGACAUGUACCAAAACGAAAGCUUGACUCGUUUAUACAAAAAAGCGGGGAAAGAAAUUCCUGUUAUUUUAUGGACUAGUACUCUCACUCAAAAACAGUAUCUUGACCGUUUACCCAAGGAUAAAUAUAUUAUUCAAAUAUGGACGACCGGAGGAGACCCACAAGUCAAAAAUUUGCUCGAUAAUGACUACAGAGUAAUUCUGAGUAAUUAUGACGCUCUCUAUUUCGAUUGCGGCUUCGCCGGCUGGGUCACCGAUGGGAACAACUGGUGCUCGCCAUAUAUCGGAUGGCAGAAAGUUUACGAGAAUAAACCAGCCAAAAUUGCCGGUGAUAAAAAGAGCCAAGUUUUGGGGGCCGAAGCUGCUCUUUGGACCGAACAGGCUGACAGUGCGAGUGUCGAUACUCGAAUUUGGCCCCGAGCGGCAGCUUUAGGGGAAGUACUAUGGAGUGAGCCUACGAGUUCUUGGAGAGAAGCCGAGCAAAGAAUUUUGGUACAGAGGGAGAGACUGAUUAAUUUAGGGAUAAAUUCAGAUGCUCUUGAACCUGAAUGGUGUUUUCAAAAUGAAGAUAAUUGUCCGACUGCCGACGACCAUAAUGAAGAUGACAAUUCAGGGAAUGCAUCAGUAAACUUAAUACCCAUAUUGCUCCUAAUAAUGAAUGUUGUUAUACCUUUGUUUCAGCACUAAUUAUUUACUUUGAAAAUUUGUAAAUUACUAAGUGAAAAUAAAUACAUAAUACUACCA